AUGGCUGGCCCCGGCGGUGGACCCCCUCGUCGCAGUCACACCAAGUCCCGCAAGGGAUGUGAGACUUGCAAACGGCGUCACAUCAGAUGCGAUGAGACCUUUCCUCAAUGCCGCAACUGUACCAAGCAUAAGAUUCGCUGCCCUUACAAUGAUAUCGCCAUUCCUGACGACCGCUCCGUUUCGCCUGAUCGUCCGGAUCUUAUGUGGACCCCUGAAAUUGAGGCUCAAAUCAGCCAUUGGCAGCAAACCGGCGUCUUCCCCUUUCCGGAACUGAAUGUUUACCCGGAACCGAAUCCUCGAUGCUUUUCUGUGGACAAUCUGCGCCUGAUUUAUCAUGUUGCUUCGAUCUGCCAUCAGCUGCGGAGCAUUGAUGCUGACGGCUUCACCAUCUGGACGCGCCAGAUUCCGACGAUCAUCAAGAUCGGUGCGACUAACAACUAUGUCAUGCACGCGCUUCUUGCAUUCUCGGCCAGUCAUAUGACCUAUCUGAACGAAUGCCCCGUUGUUGGCAUCAUGGCAGAUGAGCACCGGGGAAUUGCCCUCAAGGGGUUGCAGGAGGCCAUCAGCACGUUUUCCAGGGAGACAUCGGAUGCUAUUCUCGCCGCCUCGCUUGUUCUAUCUUGGCAGGCUACAGACUGGCGUAGCUGGACCCAGCUGAUGCAGGGCACCCGCUCGGUUAUCGAAGCCAUGGGCCCUUGGAAACAUGAAUCCCAGUUCGGCGACUUCAUUGCCGAAAGCAGCACUUUCCCUACGGCUCCGCCGUCUCCUGUUCCGGACCACAAGCCGAACCAGCCUCGCAAGGAGGAUCUGGAGUUCUUCGUGCGCACCACGCAACAGCUGCAGAACGUGGAGGCCUACCUCAAGCACAACAAGGAGGACACCAGGGCCAUCUCGCAGCUCAUUACAUUCAUUAAGGGCGCUCGGAAGGAAAGCAACACUCCUGUUGCUCAGCAGUUUGCCCGACUUCGCCCUCUGCGUGACUGGCUUUUCUGGACCCCUGUUCGCUACUUCCAGAGUGCAGGCAGCUCGCCCGGUGCCCUCAUCACCAUCGCACAUCUUUACACGGUGGCUCUGGUCAUGGAACGCCUGUUCCCCGAGAUCGGUGCGGCGUACUUUGGCAGUCUCUCUAUUGGGCCUGUCGAGGAGAUCGCCCGCCGCCUGCUAUCGAUCAACGUCAAUGGCGCCGUGGAAGGCGAUGUGCAGACGCCUUUGUCGCUUAUGGAAUUCCCCAUCGAUGUUGUGCACGAAUUCCGCUCCCGCAUGGGCUGGGUUCACCCGGCUCGCACGCCUUCGUUCCCGCAGUUCAACCCGCCCAACUUUAGCCACCAUGUCUCAUCCGUCUCGGGCUCGCUCUCUAUGCCGCCCACUACGGGACCGUCAGAUUAUCAUCACAUGGCUUAUGGCGCGGGAGGGAUCAUGACACACCCGAACUUCAGCUACAGCACGGAAGACCUGUCGCUGCUGAGUGCUGAACCAAGCCAGAGCUCGGCCAUCAGCCCGCUCCAGCUGUCAUCCCCAUAUGUGGCCCAGCAGUACCUCAACAUCCCCAGUCCUUCUUAUGGAGGCUACAGCCCGGCCUCAAGCACGCUUGGGGACUUCGGCGAUGGCUCUUCGGUGGCCUACAGCGAUAACGAUGACUUCGGCCCCUACGACGUGACCUACGCUUCCGGCGGUAGUGUCAACAGCAUGGGACAUGCCCAGAUGCUGGGUGGAUCAAACAACUUUGGCGUCGGGUUCGUCUCUCCACUCCAGACCGUCUGGAUCUAG